GAGACACAGGAAUUUUGCUCUGGGCUUCAUCUUGCCUUAAGGAGGGCUUCUGUUCUUCCAUGGUAUUUCCUGCAACUUGUAAAAUACAACUUGUAAAGUCCUAUUGUAGCACCACGUAUUUCCUGUGUUUAUAAUGGAGAUGAACUCAUGGUUUGUCUUUUCACCACCCAUCUUUCCAUCCCCAACAACCCUCAAUUACAUAAGCUAACAAGCUAAUUAAAAAUAACCUUAAAGUGAGGACACUUGUGUAACCAACAACUUUAUCAGAAAAGUUUCCCCUGGAAUUUCCUGUGCUUAUCCAAAGGGACCGGCAGUGUUCUGGAUUCUAAUCAAUAGAUGUUAUCAUAAAACCCAAAAAGAUGAGCUUUGUUUUAAAUUGUGGUUUUCCAAAAUGUCUCUUCCCAUUCAAAUAGCGGCAGAAUCCUACCUGCCAUCCUUCCCUCCAGUGAAAUGUUGUUCUCUCUCUCAAUGAAUCAUUAAAAUUCCUGGCUUGUUGUGGUGUACCCAUCACCAUAUCUAUAUAAUACCAAGCAGAAAGGUUUUGAAGGCCUUUUGGGAUAUCAGAGCGGUCUCCCCACCCAACUGAUCAUAUAAUUGGCUUUUCUCUCUUUAAAGACUCAAAGCCUUUGUGCUAAACAGAAAAUGCGAAAGGUCUUUGGACAUGAGGGGUUGAGUGUUGGCUUCAUACACAGCAGAAAAUGUUUCCCUCCUUUGCUAUGGAAGACUAACCUUAGCAUCUCACUCCAUCUCAAACCCGGUCAAAUUUUAAUUCAGUUCAUCAUGAAUGCAAAGUGCUUUCUUCAAGCUCCGUUAUUUCUGGAGCUCCCUGGUGUCCAGUUUAAUAAAUUCUUCAGGGAAAGAUGUCUGGCAGUGAUUGGAUGAAGCUAUUGGCUUUGGAAAGGAGAGUCUUAACGUCAACAAGUAUGUCAACGAUAAGUCACUAGAAACAAAUCCCAGCCAUCCAGUUUGCUUGUUUAUGUGGCUCGGCGCCUCGCGCCAAAGCUUGGCCCAUAUCCAAGUUUCACAUCAGUAAUCCCUGCCAUUCAACAUGUUUGGCUUUUGUUUCUUAAUGGGUGUUGACAGACAAAAUCUACUUCCCACAAUCCUCCAUUCUCAGCUGCCUUCAUUCAUGCAUUCAUUCCACAAAUGUGUUGAGUAGCCCUGGAGUCUUUGCUUUACAGAGACCCAUGGAUACGUCAACAGAUUUUUAUUGUAAUGAUAAAAGUAUAUGAUGAUAGAGGUAUGUAUAGUACUGUAUGAACUCAGAAGAAGGAGUGUCUUGUCUUACCAAAGAACUAGAAUAUCUUCGAGGAUGGCAGUGGACUUGUAUCUUGAAUGAUGCACAAGAGAAUAUACAGCAGAUUUGGGAAGUCAAAAUAUAAUGUCUCUUCUCUUUCUUUUUUCUUUUUUGAGAUAGAGUCUCACUUGGUUGCCCAGGCUGGAGUGCUGUGGUGUGAUCCCGGCUCACUGUAACUUUUGCCUCCUGGGCCCAAGCAAUUCUUGUGCCUCAACCUCUUAGUAGCUGAGACUACAGAUGUGCGCCACCAUACCCGGAUUUUUUGUAUAUUAAGUAGAGACAGGGUUUUGCCUUGUUGGCCAGGCUAGUCUUGAACUCCUGACCCCAGGUGAUCUGCUCGCCUCAACCUCCCAAAGUGCUGGGAUUACAGACUUGAGCCACCACGCCCAGCAAAAAUUGAAUGUCUACUCUCUUGAGAUUUGUACUUCAAAAGCUGUUGGUUUUCAUGAGCACAGAAAGAGGGCUUGUAGCCUGGUGAUCAGCUGUGUGGGCAUUAUCAACAGCUGCGAAGAAGAGCGAGACAUUGAAAAGAGCUCGGCUCUUUCUGGCUGAGCCAGAGGAAAGGACUUGGCCUGAGCAGAUGGGGAUUCCCAAGGGGAAAGGAAGAGGCCCAAGGUCUGAAGCCACUGUGCUCUGACCCUACGUCUUUGCUUGCAUGGUGUUCAUAGAUUUACGAGCUGUUGGUGGCUUCCAGUGUGCCACUGGGGUGUCCAGAAAAGCAAGCUAGGAGGGACACUUGUGAGCAAUCUGGCUUAGCUCGACAUCCUGAAGAUGUGGUGUGCUUCACAAGCAAGCAGCACUCCAACAGCCGCCUUGGUUUACAUCUUGAAAUAAGUCCUCAUCACUGGAUGAGUAUUUUAAGAUGCAGCUUUCAUCAGGAAAGCUUCAUUAAAGCAAUUCCAGUAGAGUGAAUAAUCAUUUUCCCCCUCAUCAGAUGUGCUUGUCUUAUGGAAUUAUGACGAGUUUAAUCCUUACUUUUUAAGCUGUAUCUUAAAAGAAAGAAAGAAAGAAAAAGCCCUGGAGAAAUGAUCCUGCGUCUGGGUCAAAACGUUUCCCUCUGCACUUUCAGAUCCGUCUUUUCUAGGUCACCAUUGCUCUUUAUGGCUUUCCUUAUCACAGUUUUUUCUAACUUCCUGUUUCCUUGCAAACUUUAUAUAAACUCAUUUUAUUUUUACUUUAGCCAUUCAGAAGUGAACUUUUCCCCUUUUUGGAGGCCAGUACUUUUUCUGCACCUUAUUAUUAUUGUACACACGAGGGUCAGAGUUAUUUUAAAUGUUUUGACAACCUUCAAUUAUUUGCACUUAAGGGGUUGAGUAGAGAAGAAGAACUGCAUAAAUUCCAAGCAAAAUGACAUUAGAGCGAUCACAUGGAUAAUACCCAAUAGCAUAUAUUUCUUGUUUAUUUGCCCUUGGAAUGUACUUAAAAUAGUAUUUUUAGCACACCAAACUGCUUCAUUUGCAAUUCUUAUACUAGAUGGGCAAUGAAAUGUGCAGUCCCCAACAUGUGGGUAACAGAAAGCUAAUGCAAUAUAACUCUUUCCUAACAAGAACAGCUUUUCACAAAGAUAGGCUAAAUGCACACCUUUCUAGUUAAGGAAAGAAAUGCAAUGCUAGAUAAACAGGAAGGCCUGUUCCACAAACCUGAUUCACAAAGACCUAGAGCUCAUUCCUUUAGUCAUUAAACAUUUCUUGAGCACCGAAUGUGUGAUAGAUGCCAGAGAGUCAAAGAAGAAAAAGACGUUUCCCUGUCUUCUUUGGGUUCGGUAAAGCAACACACAGUUUGGCAACUGCCCAAGGGGAUCUGAGAGUCCCUAGUAGCAACAACUAAUUCUACCAUGUUUCACAGAGAAAUAUUUCAUCUGGACAUAGAGAAGUAUGUAUGUAGAAGACAUCGAUCUACUCGUGGAAGUGGGGAAGCAGAGUUCCAGGCAGAGGGCCCAGCAUCUGCAAAGGUGAAGAAGAAAAGACAAAAAGCCUUGGCAUCCACGGGAGGAAGAAGUGUUCAGGCAGCAUGUGACUGGUUAUUCUCCCACGUCGGUGACCCCUUCCUGGAUGACCCCCUGCCCCGGGAGUACGUUCUCUACCUCCGUCCCACUGGCCCCUUAGCACAGAAGCUUUCGGACUUCUGGCAGCAGUCGAAACAGAUCUGCGGGAAGAACAAGGCCCACAACAUCUUCCCCCACAUCACACUCUGCCAGUUCUUUAUGUGCGAGGACAGCAAGGUGGAUGCCCUGGGGGAAGCCCUGCAGACCACUGUCAGUCGCUGGAAAUGUAAGUUCUCGGCCCCACUGCCCCUGGAGCUCUAUACGUCCUCCAACUUCAUCGGCCUCUUUGUAAAGGAAGACAGUGCGGAGGUCCUCAAGAAGUUUGCUGCUGACUUUGCUGCAGAGGCUGCAUCCAAAACCGAAGUCCAUGUGGAACCUCAUAAAAAGCAGCUGCAUGUGACCUUGGCUUACCACUUCCAGGCCAGCCACCUACCCACCCUAGAGAAACUGGCCCAGAACAUUGACGUCAAGCUAGGGUGUGACUGGGUGGCUACCAUAUUUUCUCGGGAUAUCCGAUUUGCUAACCAUGAGACAUUACAGGUGAUCUACCCCUAUACCCCACAAAAUGACGACGAGCUGGAGCUGGUCCCUGGGGACUUCAUCUUCAUGUCUCCAAUGGAGCAGACCAGCACCAGUGAGGGUUGGAUCUACGGUACGUCCUUAACCACCGGCUGCUCUGGACUCCUGCCUGAGAAUUACAUUACCAAGGCUGAUGAAUGCAGCACCUGGAUAUUUCAUGGUUCUUACUCAAUCUUAAACACAUCGUCUUCCAACUCUCUCACAUUUGGGGAUGGAGUAUUGGAGAGGCGGCCGUAUGAGGACCAGGGGCUCGGAGAGACGACUCCUCUUACUAUCAUUUGCCAGCCCAUGCAGCCUCUAAGGGUCAACAGCCAGCCCGGCCCCCAAAAGCGAUGCCUCUUUGUAUGUCGGCAUGGUGAGAGGAUGGACGUUGUGUUUGGGAAGUACUGGCUGUCCCAGUGUUUUGAUGCCAAAGGCCGCUACAUACGCACCAACCUGAACAUGCCUCAUAGUUUACCUCAGCGGAGUGGUGGUUUCCGAGAUUACGAGAAAGAUGCUCCCAUCACUGUAUUUGGAUGCAUGCAGGCGAGACUAGUGGGUGAAGCCUUAUUAGAGAGCAAUACCAUUAUCGACCAUGUCUAUUGCUCCCCUUCCCUUCGCUGCGUUCAGACUGCACACAAUAUCUUGAAAGGUUUACAACAAGAAAAUCACUUGAAGAUCCGUGUAGAGCCGGGCUUAUUUGAGUGGACAAAAUGGGUUGCUGGGAACACAUUACCUGCAUGGAUACCUCCAUCAGACUUAGCUGCAGCCAACCUGAGUGUUGAUACAACCUACAGACCUCACAUUCCAGUCAGCAAAUUAGUUGUUUCAGAAUCCUAUGAUACUUAUAUCAGUAGAAGUUUCCAAGUAACGAAAGAAAUAAUAAGUGAAUGUAAAAGUAAAGGAAAUAACAUCCUGAUUGUGGCCCACGCAUCUUCCCUUGAAGCGUGUACCUGCCAACUUCAGGGCCUGUCACCUCAGAACUCCAAGGACUUUGUACAAAUGGUCCGAAAGAUCCCAUAUCUGGGAUUUUGUUCCUGUGAAGAACUAGGAGAAACUGGAAUAUGGCAGCUGACAGAUCCACCAAUCCUUCCUCUUACCCAUGGACCAACUGGGGGCUUCAACUGGAGAGAGACCUUGCUUCAAGAAUAAAUCACAGAACGAGAAGAAAAGACCUUUUGGAGAUGUGUCUUUUUGUGUGUUUAAAAACAGUGGGAAGAUCCACACCACAUUCUAAGUGGACAGCUCAGAAUAAUUUAGCAUAUUUCCUUUCACACUUAAAGUUCUUCAGAUGAGACUAUGUAAAUGAAAGACUUGAUUCAGAGGGAAAAAAAUGUGUUCUCUCUGGACUCUUGCCUAGCUCACAAGGCUUUGGAGAAUUGUCUUCCUAAAUUGGGGCACCUGCUACAGCAGAGAAAGUUUCCUUCCUUCUGGGUAUGCACAGCUAAGGGGCCUCAUUCCUUCCAGAGGGAACCGCUGACCCGCUCUAAGGGAUGCAGGAGGAAGGAGUGUGCCCGGACCAGCUGGGGGAGCACUGAAAAGGCAGUUUGGAAAUGGAGUCUUCUUUUGAUCUCCAUUUUUUAGUUAGGCAGAGCCAAGCUGAGGAAUCCUUUUAAGAUUAUUAGCAAACAUGCCCUGAAGAAAGUUGUUUUUAGAUUACACAUGAAAUCCUACCCUCACUAGACCCCACACACCAGUGUCGCUGGCUGAAGACACGCGCUUAAGGAUGCUAACAUUUACCCUGGUACUGCCACAUUUUUCUCUAGAGCUGCUGGCCCUUCUUGCUACAGCCCUUCCCCCCUUGCUUCUGUGAAAUGGGGAGACAAAGCACUUUUGCUCUCCAAAGCACUUUUGGAUACUCAGGAGGAAAGAUAAGAUACAUGUGUGAAGUAUUUAAUCACAGGAGCAAAGAAUUUGCAAAAUAGGAAGUGACUUGGAAUGACACAUGUUGUAGCCUAACGUGCUACUGCAUUUCUAAAUCACCAAUAUUUGCUUGUCUUUGCCCCUAGAUUCUAGACUAUGUUAACUAGUUAAGGAUGUCACAUUUUGGACGGAUGUAUGUUAGAUACAUUACCUGUAGCAAGAAGUUCAUUCUGUGCAAUAUGGAUAUGUUUGCAAACCAUACCAAGGGUCCGGUUGUUGUACAUUUACGUACAUGUCAACCAUAACAGAACAUUCACAAAUGCACCAGUUAUACCAGGGAUGUAUAGUAAGUCAGGGAACUAAUUUAAACGAUGACAGUCAUGGCUGCACUGCUACUUGUGUUGUCGUCUUGUUUGUUUUUCUAUGAUAAUUUAAAAUAUAAAGGUAGGGCUACUUGAGGAAAUGUGGAGAGCCACAUUCUGUGGUUUCUCAUUAUGCUUACUUCCUGCAUUUAGAAGGAGUUUAUUUAAAAGAAAAAUAAAUGACAAUCAAACCAAAUCAUCAGUUACCAACGUCUGUUUAAUUGUGUGACUAUCUGACAGUUGAUGGCCACAGAUGAUGGUCCGCUGUGGUAUAGUUGACGCUGUAGAAGAUGUGUGCAUAGUGGAAUGCCAGCCCUUUAAAGAAACAUGAGUUAGUGUAAAAUGAAUCUUUAUAUGUUGUAGUAACAUUGACUACAUUUCAAAACUCAGAUGCAUAAAAUGUAUGGUAUAUAAAAACAGAUCUAUGCUUGUAUUUGAAACUAGAACUUGAUAACCCCUAGAAAGAAGAGGACGUGAAAGGAUGCUGGCUAUAUAUGUUAAUCAGAAAAAGGAUUAUAGUUGUUUUGUUUUCAGAAACAGGGUCUCACUAUAUUGCUUAGGCUGGUCUUGUACUCCUGGGCUCAAACGAUCCUCCGGCCUCUGCCUCCCAAAUUGCUAGGAUUAACAGGUGUGAGCCACCAUGCCUGGCCUAUAAUUGUAUUUUUUUAGGACACUUAGAAAAAUAUGUCAUGUAUUUUACAUUUUGAGAAACAAAUCAUGGUUUCUUCUGGCAUUGCAAAAACGCUGACCUACCUUCUGGGUAUGGAAAUAGACCUGUGGUGACAUGUUAAUUUAAAUGUUGUGGGGGAAUAGUCCCAAUAAAGGUCUUAAAAGUCACAUUACAACUAACGUACUGGCGCUACCAUUUAUUCUUCUGGUAUUUGUAAUGAAGUGAAUCCACUGUUUAAUCAGAUCCAUAAUCUUUAACAGAUUCACCACAAAUUUUUGUGGGCGUUAAGUGCUCAGAAUAAUGCUUGAAUGUUUCACCUUGAAACUGUAGCAGUGUAGCUGUAACUGUGAAAUAGAGUCUGGAAUAGGUUAUCUGCUCCAUCUCUCGAGGUUGUCUUAGUCCUGUGAUGACCUGAUACAUCUGUUUGACUGGGCUACAAUCCAUUGUUGCUAGUCCAAUAUGGACACUGCCUUAGGCAAUGGUCUAUAUAAGCAAAAGGAGAUAGACAUCUGAAAUAAUUUUCUGAGUAAUUUAGGUGGAAAACAAGACAGAGUGUAUUUCUCUGCUUUCAUUAUUCAAAUUGCUUGUCAAAAUGGCCCAAAUGAUCCGAAUUCACAUUGUUCUUGCACACUUACCCAUUUAAAAAAUGAAACUUGUACUGCAACUGAGAAAUUAUUUGGAAAUCAUGUGGAAUCUAGGUAUAAUAACAGAAACAGACAACUAUAUUACUCAAUUUCACAUACAUCCAAAAAUUAUAGACUAAUAUUAUAUAUAACCUCAAGUUGUGGCUGGUUCUUUCUGAUCUAAGCUGAUGCUUAUUAGAACAAAUGAUGCAUAGGGAGAGGAGAAGGAAGGAAGGGCAAGGAAGGAAUUGACAGGUAAGAAGCAAUGCUUUCUUGUACAGAGGAAUUUUUUUUUUUUUUUUUUUUUGAGACGGAGUCUUGCUCUGUCUCCAGGCUGGAGUGCAAUGGCGCAAUCUCAGCUCACUGCAACCUCUGCCUCCUGGGUUCAAGUGAUUCUUCCGCCUUAGCCUGCCGAGUAGCUAGGACCACAGGUGCGUGCCACCACCCCUGGCUAAUUUUUUCGUAUUUUUAGUAGAGAUGGGGUUUCACCGUAUUGGCCAGGAUGGUCUUAAUCUCUUGACCUUGUGAUCCGCCCGCCUCGGCCUCCCAAAAUGCUGGGAUUACAGGCAUGAGCCACCGCGCCUGGCAGGAAUUUUUUUUUUUUUUUAAUGUAGAAAGUUAUUUGAAAUGAACUAGGUGAAAAGAAAUUAACUAAAUGAUGUAAUCUGGGAUUGAAAGUCUGAAACCAUUUCCUUCUUCCACAAGUGUGCCACAUCAAUCUGAUAAUGCCCCAGUGUUAUUCAUAGAUAGAACUUUGUUUCCUGUGAUUUUAAAAUACCGCAUCUAUUCCUCCAUGGACUAGAGUAAUUGGCACAUUUUAAUGCAUAAGCUGGGGGUUUCAUUUUCCCAGGCUCUCUUCACCAUCACUGCAUUGGUAGCUAGGAGCUUAUUGCUCACCCCAGUAUGGAGUUCAGAUUACAGUGUUUUCCAUUACAUUUAGAUUCAUAGAAUCUGAAUGGCUGAUUAAAUGGCCAUCUGAUGGCUGAAAGAGGGGGAUAUUUUUCACUCUGUAGUGAAAGACUUGGAGGAGUUUCUACUUUUUAUUUUAAUUAUACUUUAACCAAAGAAUUAUUUUAAAAUAACCUUAUAUUUGAAAGAUGAUUUUGCAAAAAAUAAAAAAUAAAAAAUAUGUCUUCCGGAGUGACGUCUGUUUGGUAAAUAAUUGUUGAUAAUUUUCUUGUUAGUGGUAUUUGGAAUGCAUAUAGAUUGUCUUCUCAGUGUGCUUAGCAUUACCAUAAAUGUAUCUUUUCCACUCAACUAGCUGUAUUCGUAUUAAAAUGAAGUCUCUUAUUUCAAUUAUCUAGUGUCAUUGGGAACUAAUUGAACAGCUACAGUAAAAGUUCCUAUCUCAUUGCCUUUGUGGAAAGGCCUCCCUGUGUGGUAAAAGGAAGGCAUUCCUCCCUAACCUAGGCACUCUGCAAGUCCAGUGUUUAAUUUCAAAGCAGUGAUGAAUUGCUGUUUUGAAAUUAUUCUAAGUAAUCCUUGUGUUAGAAUACAGAUGAACCUCCGUUUGAUUUCACAGGCUUCAGCACAGACAACUGUUACUGAAUCUGCACGGACUUAGAUAAUGAGGUGCAGGGUUAUUUGCAUUUAAAUUGUAAUCCAGCACACGUGUGAGAAAGAAGAGGCGCUAGUCUAACGAGGUUGCCUUGUGGGGAGAGAUGAGAUCGGCGGAGGAGGGUAGGGAAAAGAGCAAUUUAACAUCUAUUUAGGUUAAUGUUCACUUUACAAAGGUGAUGGAGGAUAUUUUGUUAGGUGAUGGCAGAUGCUUUUCAUUUUUAAACAUAGGAUUAAAAUUGGAUUUGCUUCUCUUUAAUACUUUAACAUAUUGAAUUUUCCUGGGAAAGUGACUAGCUAUAAUGAAAAUCCAAGGGAAGGGGGAAAAAGAUUAUAAAUGUAGAUGAAAUAACUUCAUUUUAAAAAACAAAUAAUCGUAGGUUUGGUGUAUGUAGGUUUAAAAUUAUAGUGAUGAGUAGGCAAACAAUAUACAAUCAGUUCUUGCAAAUAUUUUACACUUAGCUGUCAUUACUCACACAACAAAUUGGAAUUUUGCAGCUGUUCAUCUAUCACGGACUCUGUACAGGAUAGAUGUGUAUAAUGGAAAAUAUGUACUGCUUCUUUCUCUGAUUGUCACUCAAGAUGCAAACACAUUGCCAAGGCAUUUUGGUUACACACAGAUCAUUCUAAACCUGUUAUCCUGGAGAGGUAUAUUGGUUUCUUUCUCAUUUAUAAGGCUAUUGUAUUUUUUUUCUAUGUGAUUCAGGUGUAUUUAUUUGAAGAAUAUUUGUAAUUAUAGGAAAACCACACCUACAUGUAUUGCCAAAUUCUUUGUAAACUCUCCGUGGCAUUUGUGCUUUCCUGGCUGAGAGCUCUCCCCUGUUGAUACAGCUAUGGCACCAUUGUAAUUACAGAUGCACCUUUCAGGAGCAUCUCCAUUAAAUGGUUCAUAGAUGAUUUAAUAAAAAGAAACUGUUCUUAGUUGA